GUGCAUUUGAGGGAGUACGCCUAUCCUGCCCAGAGGUGCAAUGCAAAAGACACAGUAAUUCGAAUGUUUGUGAAGAUUCUAAAGCAUCACCUCAGCUCAGCCAGUUGAUGCCUGUGGCUUCGUUGCAGCCUCCAUAGCUACAAAAUUCCUUCCCACAGUUAGAUGUAUAGAAUAUUUUGCCCACUUUGCACGACUUCUGUCUGCUGAAUUUUCAUUCGAAUUCAAGAACUGAAGCUAGGAAUAAAAAUGGAAAAGCAGGAUCCAGCAGGACCCAAGUCUGGAGGGAAACUGGAAGGCAGAGGAAGAGACUCCGAUGUUGUCCAGGGGGAAACCAUCCAGGAGUUUCUAACUGGGGCAGCCCCGCAACGAAUCAAACAAGAACCAGAUGAAGGACUAGAGCAACGUUGGGAAGCUCAGUGGCAGGCGUUCUUGAAGAUGGUGACGUCCCCCCAUCCAGAAUGGAGACACUCCCAGUUUCCCUGUUCUAUUUCUGAGGCAAAUUUGAAGUUGAUUCAGGCCGCCAUCAAAGGAGCAGCAGAUGCCAGCCAGUGGCCUAGAGGGGAAUGGUUGACUCAGACGCUGCCGGACCUCCUUGGCGAAGCACAGCAGUCUUGCAGAAACCUGGAUUCUUCUCAGACGUUGAAGGUUGAGAUUCUGGAUGACGAGGACACCUUCAGCUUGGAGAUGCGGCGUCAGCGCUUCAGGCAGUUCUCCUACCACGAGGCUGAGGGCCCCCGAGAGAUUUGCCGGCAGCUCCAAGAACUUUGCCAUCAGUGGCUGAGCCCUCAGAAACACACCAAGGAGAAGAUCCUUGAGCUGCUGAUUCUGGAGCAAUUUCUGACUAUCCUUCCCUGGGAAAUGCAGAGCUGGGUCCGGGAACGUGGCCCCGAGACCUGCGCAGAGGCUGUGGUCCUGGCAGAGGAUUUCCUCCUGAUGCUACAAGAGCCUGAGAGACAGAAGCCAAAGACUCCUGGCCUGUUGGAUGAAGCAUUUAUUAGCAUCCCCAAAUCUGAGCAAGAUUCCGCAGAUGCUAUACAGAUACCACUAUCUAUGGAAACCAGCUUGCUGGGAGACAAUGAUCAAGUUCCGGAGAAUGAAGAGGAUACUUUUCGUCUGCAAAAGUCCGAGAGUGAAGAAAUGUGUGUCAAUGGAAUAUCCUUGGAAAGAGCCAAGGGGAAAUUUUUCCAGGGUCCUGAGUCAGAAGAAAUUCCUGGAAGUCAGGAGGGACCUGAAAGGCACCAGGAAAGCUACUUGUGGAAGAUGGCUGAACAAGCCCUCCUGUGUGAAGAUGUUGACCGUAGCUUCCAUGAAAGCCCCUUCCAAGACAGGACUGAAAAAUGUCAGAGAACUGGCACCAGUGCUGACUUUGAGAAGAGCCUCCAUCAGAGCUUGGACCUUCUCAAGAACCAGAAAAAGCGGGUGAGGAAAUUUAAGUGCUCCUAUUGUGGCGCAACCUCCAAUAUCAGAGCAAACAUUGUGGUACAUGAGAGGAUUCAUACAGGGGAGAAGCCUUACUCCUGUUUAACCUGUGGCAAAAGCUUCAGUCGGAAAUCAACCCUCGUCCGACACAAGAGGACACACACAGGGGAGAAGCCGUAUGAAUGCUCAGUCUGCGGGAAAAGCUUCAGCAUUCGGUGUAACCUCUUGCGGCAUGAAAGGGUCCACACGGGUGAGAAACCCUAUCAUUGUACAUAUUGUGGACAGAACUUCAGUCGGAGACUUUUGCUUGUUAUACAUGAGAGGACCCACACAGGAGAAAAAACCAUAUAAAUGCUCACAAUAUGGGAGGGGUUUCAUUGUGGAAGUCCACUUGGAAGAAACAGACAUGACAUUUGGCCCAAGUCUUUGGAACUGCGUUUGCUAGCCUUGGAUCCUUUUCUCCAUCUUUCCUCCUUCCAUCAUUUUCCCUAUUGUCAAUGUUUCGAUUGUAAGUUCCUUGGGGCAGAGACUGGUCUUAGUUUUAUUUUUGCUUGCAUUCUUUUGAUAUACCAUCUUGUAAAUAAUAAUUAAUGCUCCAAUUUUGGAGACACUUCA